GAUAAUGCGCUUAGACGAUCCAAAUCCAAUAUAUGAACUGAAAGUUGACUUAAUCAGAUAGAGAAGAUCGAAUCAUCCCUCGCCGUGAGAAAGAGAACGCCAUGCUGCCGAAUAACAAGUGUCGUCCAAAUGCAGUUCAGAAACCGACACGUGUCAGCGGUGGUGGCACUAACAAAUUUCACUUUUCUGUAACAAUAAUUGUUUGUUGCUACUAUCUUCUUCUCGUAUCCACUGCUCCGCUUCUCGCUUCAUCGCACUCAUCGUUUAACAUGGUUAAAACCAUAAAAAGAAUAUGGAAAAUAUUCUGCCAGAAAUUACAGGGAAGUAUGAACCAAAAUCAAUUUUCAGAGAAUAAAUGUUGUGUUUCCUGCUUGAGAUGUUCCUUAGGUUUACUUGAUGCCAACUUCUUCACAGAUAAUCAGAUUGAGGAGAUUGCUAAGGGUGUAAAUGAGUUAAAUAUUCCAAUUAUAAAAGCAAAUCGGGAACUUGUAGCAUCUAAGAAUGGAGGGUUGCAAUAUCCGUCGCCUUUAGUUUUCAAUGCUGAUUGGGAACGUCGAUCGAUUAACUGUGAAACUAAAAGGUUCACACAUCCUUCCAUUUCUGGAAUACAGAGACCUGAAUCUGAAGAAGAUAUCGCCUUUUUGAGUGUUCUUGAGUUAGGUGAACUCAUCAAAACAAAGAAAAUUACUUCUCAGGAGCUUACACAAAUAUUCUUGCGGAGAUUGAAAAAGUACAAUCCUAUUCUUGAAGCUGUAGUCACUUAUACUGAAGAACUGGCAAACAAGCAAGCUGAAGAAGCUGAUGAGUUGCUUAGCCAAGGCUUCUAUCUAGGGCCUCUUCAUGGGAUUCCUUAUGGAUUGAAGGACAUAAUAUCGGUGCCCGAAUACAAAACAACAUGGGGAUCAAAGUCAUUUAAACAUCAAGUAAUUGACAUGGAAGCUUGGAUCUAUAAAAGGUUGAAAUCUGCAGGGGCUGUUCUCGUUGCAAAGCUUGUUUCUGGAUCAUUGGCUUAUGAUGAUAUCUGGUUUGGUGGCAGAACAAGGAAUCCAUGGAAUAUUGAGGAAUUUUCUACGGGUUCCUCUGCUGGACCUGCAGCAAGCACCUCAGCGGGUAUGGUUCCAUUCGCGAUUGGUUCAGAAACAGCUGGAUCCAUAACGUACCCUGCAGCUCGAUGUGGUGUUACUGCAUUGCGCCCAACUUUUGGUACUGUUGGUCGAACUGGUGUAAUGAGCAUAUCAGAAAGCUUGGAUAAGCUUGGCCCUUUCUGUAGAUCUGCAAUUGAUUGUGCUGUUGUUCUGGAUAUUAUUCGGGGAAGAGAUCUUGACGAUCUCUCAUCAAAAGAUAGCUCCAUUGAUGAUCCAUUUCUGGUUGACAUUACUAAGUUGACUGUUGGAUAUCUUGAUGAUGCCGAGAUGGAGGUAGUUCAUGUUCUUGCGUCAAUGGGUGUCGAGAUGAUUCCUUUCAAAUUGAAUUACACAGUUGAAUCUGUUCAAGGUAUAUUAAAUAUCACAAUGGAUGUUGAUAUGCUGGCUCACUUUGAUCAGUGGCAGCGCUCCGGGGAGGAUAAUGUGUAUGAAGCCCAAGAUCAGUGGCCCACUGAACUACGCCGUGCUCGCAUAAUUACAGCAGUGGACUAUAUACAGGCACAAAGAGCACGGGGAAGGCUAAUCAACGAAAUAAGAGAGUCUUUUACCGUGGAUGCAUUCAUUGGCAAUGCAACAGAUUGGGAGAAAGUAUGCAUAGGCAAUCUUGUUGGUUUACCAGUCAUAGUAGUGCCAACAGGAUUUACUAAUAUCUCUAAUCCCCCAUCUGGUGGCAGCAGAAGAAGAACCACCAUCACCACCGGCAUUUAUGCUCCCCCUAACCGUGAUCACAUUGCGCUGGCAUUAGCAAUGGCUUAUCAGGAAGCCACUAAUCACCAUAAACAGCGACCGCCUAUUAAUGAUCUCGGUCCAAAUGAUAAGAUACCUGAUGCAUCUAUUGUUGCUUAUCCUCCCAGGGUUUUUGGUCCUUGAGCAACUGGGUGCAACAGCUUCAGCACUGAGUUUUACUUGUAAAAAAUGUGUUCCACUGCUACCAAUUACAGCUAGGAGCAUUGGUAAUUUCUGCUGCGUAUCAUAUGUAUAGAUAAUAAUCAUUUUAGAGACUAAAACUGGGCAAACUAUAGCAUGUACCAUUAUGUUCGGCGGUUCAUGAUGAUCACAAAAUAUAGUCAUUAGAUUGAUCUACACACAUAGCAAUAUAGUAUACCUGAAACUCCAAAUUAUUUA